UUGACAACCGGUUGGAGAUGCACUUACGGGAUACGUGCGUCUGCUAACGCAAACCAGAAAUAUCGUAAUGACACGUCGUUGUUGACAUUAUGAAAGGAAAUAAAACAUCUGUGUUUUCCUAUUAAAUCUCAGAAGGAUGCAUUUUAAUAAUCAACAGUUUUCUUCGCACGUAGCAGUAUUACUGGCUAGCAUUUAAUUGAUAUCAAGGAAUGUCUUAUUUAUUUACUUUUUUCUGCAUUUUCUUGUGAACAUAAAUGUAAAGAAAUCAGCUUAGAAAAUGAAAUUUUUCCCUAAUUUUCAUAUUUAUUGGACAAUUACUUAUUUAUUAACGUACUGUAGCUGUGUGGUUUAUGGCAGCGGUGGUUGUUUUUGCAAGCUUGAAGGUCGAAUAGAUGACUGCUCAUGCAACAUAGAUACAGUUGAUUAUUUUAAUAACAUUAAAUUAUAUCCUAUAUUACGAAGUAUAUUAGUCACUGACUUUUUUCGUUAUAUUAAGGUGAAUUUAAAUAGAGGCUGUCCAUUUUGGCCAGAUGAUAGCAAAUGUGCAAUAAAAGACUGCUCUGUAAAGGCAUGCCCAGAGGAACAGAUACCUCCUGGGUUAAAAGGUCAAGGGUUUAAAGGUGAAUCAAAAAAGAAUGGUAAAUUAACUCAAGGUGAUGAAGCCUGUGAUGAAAAUAAUGAUGGACUUGGAGCAGUCAAUCAAACAAUUAGUGAAGAAAAUUAUGAAGGAUUCCAGAGAUGGCAAAAGCAUGACGAUUCUGUGGAUACUUUCUGUGAAAUGGAUGAUGAAAAUUCAUCUGAGCUACAAUAUGUUGAUUUAUUAUUGAAUCCUGAACGAUAUACUGGCUACAAAGGUCCUUCAGCUCACCGCAUAUGGAAUAGCAUUUAUAAAGAAAAUUGUUUCAGGUUUGGUGGUGGAUAUGGCCCAUAUACUACAUCAAAAAACAUAGAUGCAAUGUGCUUGGAAAAAAGAGCUUUCUAUCGUGCUAUUUCUGGGCUUCAUUCCAGCAUCAGUAUCCAUUUGUGCUCAGAAUAUUAUACGAAAGCCAAAGACUGUUUUUCAAAAGGCGAAUGGGGUACAAAUAUUGAAGAAUUCCAGCGAAGGUUUGAUCCAAGAUACACGAAUGGAGAGGGCCCUCAGUGGUUAAAAAACUUGUAUUUUACAUACCUUUUGGAACUUAGAGCCAUUGCCAAAGCUGCUCCAUAUUUUGAAAAUGAAAUUUACUAUACUGGCAAUGAAACAAAUGAUGAACAAGUUCGUAUGGCCGUUACAAAAAUGCUGGAGAUUGCAAGAUCUUUUCCAGAUCAUUUUGAUGAGAAAGUUAUGUUUCGUGGCAAUGAUAAAGAAGCUAGAAAACUAAAGGAAGAAUUUCGACAACAUUUUCUGAACAUAUCAAAGAUUAUGGAUUGUGUUGGCUGUGAUAAAUGUCGUCUGUGGGGGAAAAUACAGGUGCAAGGCUUGGGAACCGCUUUCAAAAUUUUAUUCUCUAAAGAUAUGCCUACUAAUUAUUCCAUGAAUAAUCGAAAACAAUUCCGUCUUUCUCGUACAGAAGUGGUAUCACUAUUUAAUGCCUUUGGAAGACUCUCCAACAGUGUGUACAAUCUUGAAAAAUUCCGUCAACUACUAGGUAGCCAUCAUAAGAUUGAAUUAUAGCAUUUCAUUUAUUAAAAACUUUUUGCGGCACAUUCUUGAGAAGAAAAGAAAAAAUAAAUAAAUAAAGCAUCAUACUUGUAAAUUGACAAGAAUAUUUCAAGCUAAAUUUGAAUUUCCAGUAUAAUUUCCAUUUUAUCUGUAUGAGUUUCUUUAUUACAAUGAAGUUAUAAACCUUUAAGGUUUGUAAAUUUAUUUAUAUAGUCUACAUGAAAUAUUUUUAAAAAAUUAGAGAGAAAAUUACAUUUUGUUCAUAACCUUAGUACUAGUCAUACAAAUUCUCUAUGUUUAGUCUCGGUUGUUGACUUAUUUUUUUAACAUAAAAAAAAGUUAAUAUGUCUGAGCUGAAUGCAGGUAAAUAUUUGUAUAAAAAUAACUAUAUAUAUGUACAUUAUUUAUUUAUUUGCUUUAAAUAUAUGUAGAAGAUGUU